UUUCCAGACUGUGGUUUGGGAUUGUGCGUGUGUUGAAACAUUUUCUAUUCUACCCUCCUGUGCGCGUGUAUUCGCCCUCUCCCACACAUUUCCGAACCUAGCAACAGCACACACAUUGAACAGAGAUCGUAGACGUCAUCAAUUCGUACACAUAGAUACCGGAGGGGGCACGAUCGGGUACGCGCGCGCGCACACACACUCACGACGCGUAUCUAUUUCUAUUUGUCCCACCCGAAUCGUGCCAUCUUUGUCGCGCCAGCGAUAUUCGAUUGCAUCGAUUCCAAAUCGUGCUGGUGCGUUCCCGCUUACGCGCAUUACACCUGGCUGCCGUGCGCUAGCAUCUAACGCGAUGGAUGAAAGCGUUCGCAAUAGUACGAAGCUAGAUAUCGAAGGCGUUAGGCAGCAGUCGGCGACCCAAGCGCUGCGAGCUGAGAGUGAACGCAAAGAAAGUUACAGGAAGCUAGGCGAACCGGACGUUAACAGGAACGGGUUUGACGGUGGUUUGACGACAGCAACAACCCGUACGGAAAGCAGCCUACGGAUGCCGCGCGAAAACGGUACCGGUGCCAAGGAUGGCGAGGAGGAGCGUAUGCUGAACGGCGGCGGACUGGAUGCACCGACCGUCCGGGGCGAUGGCGAACCGACCGAGAAGGACAAGCUCGCCCAGAAGGAGGUGGAGGUGAAGUUUAUCCCGUCGCAGAAUGGGGACGCCCGUAUUGACAUGGAGCUGGAGAGCCAGCAAGCGCUCACCGGCAUGACGAAGGAAGAGCUGAUGAAGUACGCGAACGAUCCGUUCUGGGUACGUUUGCGCUGGCUGCUGUUCGUACUGUUCUGGGCCUUGUGGGGUGCGAUGUUGCUCGGUUCGUUCUACAUCAUCUACGACGCACCGAAGUGUGCCGCACCGGUCCCGCUAACCUGGUGGCAGGAGGGUCCACUGGUCGAGCUGACCGGUGACCAGUACGCGGAGCAGCUGCCCGAGGUCGAGCGGUACGGGGCAAAGGGUGUGAUCUAUCAGCUGCCCGCCGACGAAACCUACCUCAUCCAUACCGCUGCCGUACAGGGCAAGGUAAAGCAACUGGUCAGCACGUUCGGCACGAAGAACAUUAAGGUGGUGGUAGACAUUACGCCCAACUUUGUCACCAAGGACGAUGCGCUGUUCCAGGAAGCGCUCCGGCAGCCGGACAGUGCCGCCCAUGCGGCAUUCGUAUGGCGCGAACCGGGCCUGAAGCCACCGAACUGGCUGUCCAUUGCCGAGGAGGGUAGCGCUUGGAAGAACGCCUCCAACAACCAGUACGUGCUGUCCCAGUUCGGCCCGGACCGGUACGAUCUGCAGCUCGGCGAACCGGUGGCCCGCGACAAGCUGAAGGCGACGCUGCGCGCACUGCUCGAGCUCGGCGUGCGCGGGGUCCGGUUGGCGAACGCGAAACAUCUGCUGAUCAACCGCGACGGAGGCAACGAAUCGCCGAUGAAUCUCGAGGAGGCGGACAAAUCGCUCACGCACACCGAUUACGGCUUCUGGGCGCACAAGGAAACGACUUACCGCGAGGGUUUGGGCGAACUGUUCCACGAGCUCGCCGACCUGGUGCACACCGAAACGGGCGGCGAUGCGUUCCUGUCCGUGACCGAGGACAUCCUGCGACCGGAAGUGUUUGCCACCAACGGUACGCUACCGAUCGAUGCCCCACUGUACGGCAACAUUGAGUUUGAUCUGCGCGAAGAGAGUGGUCCGGAUGUGGCGCGCAAGCUGCGGCACGAUAUCGAGAACGCGUACCGGACGAUAAAUGGAUAUAAGGCGCUGGGCGAAUCGGACAAACCUUGGCUGCAGCUGCGCUACAACCGUGCAUCGUUGGAGCACGUGCCAGCGUCGGAGUACAGCGUGUUCCACUUCCUGCUGCCCGGUGUGCCGGUCUUCCCGCUCGACGUGCUCACCAACGGCAACGUGUCGCACGAGAGUGUGGAAACGUUGGAAAAGUUCCGGGCGACACCUUCCUUCCAGCACGGGCUGUUCAACGUGUACAACGAUGCGAAUGCUUCGGCGAUCGCCUACACACGGCUAAAGUCCGGCAAUCCGGGAUACUUUGUCGUGCUGAAUCUCGCCCAAGCCGAACAGCGUACGCUCGACUUCAGCGGUAUCGACGGUAUCGGCAGUGAGCUGACGGUCGUACUGACCAGCCAGAACUAUGCCGUCCCGAACGUUGGUGUGAAGACUAAGGUACCGGUGGACGCUGUACCGUUGUCGCCACGAUCGGCCCUGGUUGCCACCUACGUACCGACGAAGUAAUUCGCUACUCGCAAUUGCGUCUAGACAGCGACGCAUCUUCUGUUACGGAAAACAUCCCUAUCUUCGCGCUUGUUUCCCUCUGCUGCUGAACUGCUGUGCGAUCUGCCACCGAUUAGCGUGCUCUGGCGCACCGCCUGUACUCUCGUGCUUACCCUACCACACCAAUCGGUGGUAUAUAUAGGCGGAUCGGGAUACGGGCGGUGCUCAGCCGUACGCGGGUGUGGCAAGCCAGAAAAGGCAGUGAAGGGGAUCGAUUAUACGUGCUUCAAUAAAAUAGCUAUUGUGAAUUUUCCUGCACA